UCUGCAGUGGCCACUCCUGGGAGAGCAGCUCUCUGAGGAGGCAGCAGCUUCUCUGGAGGCAGCAGCUCCCCUGGGUGAUUGUGGCCAGUGGUCAUUAGAGCACUGCCACAAUGUCAAGGAAGGAGGAAGUGAAUGCUCACAGCCACCCCCGUGAGGGGCAGCCACUGCUGUACCGGCAUCGGCAGCAACAGGUGACCCCCAGGCAGCCACAGGCAGCAGCUCAGGUCACCUGGACGACCAUCACACCCAUCCCUGGGGACAGGCCCACUCUGUUGCCCAGAACCAUCCCGUCACGGAGCCCCACCAGGUCCUGCACACGCAGGGGCAACCAGGGGGGCGGGCGCUCCGUGCCCCGCAGCAGUGUCACAGGGCCACGGAGAUUGUCCGUGUCGGACUUGCCGCCUCUCCACGGCCCUCAGUUGACACUGGCCCCCCCACAGCAGCUCAGUGCUCAAAGCUCAAGGGCAUCCACUGACUGCGUUAAGCUGCCCCCUCUGCCAGCAGCAGCAGCAGCCUCUGGAUCCUCUCCCAGAGGCACAGCACGUGCUGUGGGCCCCAUGUCCUGGGGCCAGCGAAAGCAUGUGCCACCUCCUCCAUGGGGCACUCUGGCUGCAGGUAGAGCCCAGGGAACACCUUCCCUGGGGAGCAGAACCGGAGGGCUCUGGAAUGGGUCAGCAGCAAGGCAGGGCCACCGCCUGCCUCCCGUGACACCUGCACGCGGCGCGCCGCUCCGCACCAGGAUGCAGUCGGCUUGGAAGCCCGUGUGGCGCUCUGUCUGUGAAAACCCACAGCCCUGUGCUACUUCUGUAAAGGAGCUGGAAGAAAAGCGGGAGGAGGAAGAGCACCCAGAAACACAGGCUGCAGGAGAGCGGGACCGAGACCUGCAGAGCGCAUCUCUUGCCCCGUUGGAAGAGAACGAGGAAAAGCGAGAGGAGCUGGAGAAGGUGGAGGAAGACAGAAUGUACGCAGAGCUCUUUGGACAGAUCUUCUUCUCCAUGGGCAAUGAAGAAAGUGCCAUGACGUUCAGCUGCGAUCUCAGGGAUCCAUCAAGUGCCACGCCGGAAGCAGCUGCAGACCCCUCGGUGCCACUCAGUGCUUGCAGCAUGGCAGAAGAGGCCAGAGGAGAGGCACAAAACUACUUGGAGCUUGUGUCUCGUGAGCUGUUGGCAGACUUGGGGUCUGACUCUGAGGAUUCGUCGUCGCUGGAAACUCUUCUGAACGAGCUCCUGGAGAAGUGGGAGCAAGAAGAAGCGGCAGGAGAGCGGGCCAGAGAAGCAGAGAGCCCGUUGUCCAUCCCGCCGCGAGACGAAGAGUUAGAGCCAGCAGCUACUCCUCCAGACAGCGACCUCAGCGACCAGGGGCACAGCGAGCCUCUCCCCGAAGAGGCAAAGGGGUUUGCGGUUUGCGCCGCGCCUGCCGAUGCCGCGGACGAGGCCGACGCGGCAGGCACGGAGGCUGGCCGCGCCCAGGCCGCCCCUGCCCAGGAAAAGCCCUGCGGGGAUGAGCCGCCGGCAGGAGCUUGCCCGGCGCCUGCCCAGCCCCUGGCCCGUAGCGUUCCUGCCUGCCCCGCUGGCAGCGCAGCCGUCCCGCAGCCCCCGGCCCCACGGCGAUGGCGCUCCAUGGCCAAGAGGGCCCGGCGGGCUCUGCGCCGCCUUUUCUCCUGCAGCUGCCUCAGGGGGCAGCCGGAGGAGUGAGCCCGGGGCCAGCACCAGGGCGUUCAGCAAAGAUGCCGGCUCGCCCUGAGGAUGCCCAGCUCCCAGGGGCAGCGGCAGGUCCCUGAGGUAACGGCACCAGGGUGAUCCAAAGACGGGAUGCAUGGAUGGAUGGGUGGAUGGUGGCCAAGGCAACCACUUGCCAAGGGUAGGUCCUGCUGCCAACCCCAGCCCCUCACCCCAUGCCAGCAGCAAGGCAGCCUGGUCAGGGAGAGCUGGAUGAGGAAGGGUGACAGUGCUGAUGAUUGCAUAAUCCCACAGUGCUGCAUUGUGGGGGUGCAUGCCCACUCUGCUCCAGGCUGCAUUUGAAGCUGAGAAAUGCUCCUUGCGCCUCAGCAUUGCAGGUAAAUGAAGGCAAACCCAUUCUCUCUUCACAUGGCAGUUAGGAAAAUGCCUCCCUGGAUACCAGCAACAACAUAGACUGGUGAAAGGUGUUAACCCGGCUGAAUGACCUGGUGUCCUCAACUCCAUAAGAAGCACCAGGGCCCCAGUGCAGAAGCUCCCACUGGGGAAGGAGCAACGCGACGCCGCUUGCGACCAGCGUCUCGAACUUUCCUCUGUCUGACAUCUUCCCCUUCCCACUCCCACUCUUCCCCACUCAAUCCCACUCUUGUUCUUCCCCACCUCACCCCAGCCCAGCACAACCCUUGCUCUUCCCAUUCUUUCCUUCUCAUUAUCCUCUUUCCCAUCCCUUUCUCUCUGCCCCACAUUUACUGUUCAAUAAAUCCCCCAUUGUUCACUUUGA